CCAAUCAUAUCCCGACAACUGGCUUUAGCCGGUAGUUUACGUGUUGUCAAAUCCAGCUAUGAUGAAUGGGCAUUGCUUAACAAAAGUUUCCAGUUUUCAUGAGUGAAAUUUUGAGUUGAAGAUACUCGAGUUGUUAGUGAGAGUUCGUGGGAGAUCAUUUCUUUUCUUGCUUACUUCCCUCAUCAGAAACUAUGGCACAUUUGAUUUAUAUAGUUAAUUGUUUAUUUAUACUAGCAUUAUUUGAAUCAUCGAAUGGUUUGAAAGAAGGUGAAUGUGAAGUAUGUGUUGGGGCAUUAACAAAAUUUGAGAAAUCAUUAGCAUCAUCAGAAAAAUCAUCACCACAGAAAAUUGAAGCAAAGUUCAGAGAAUUUUGUCUGACAGUUAAAAAAGCUGAAGAGAGAUUUUGUUAUUAUAUUGGUGGUCUUGAGGAAUCAGCUACAAAGAUUGUUGCAGAAAUGUCCAAACCUAUGAGCUAUGGUCUUCCUAUAGAUAAGAUUUGUGAAAAACUGAAGAAAAAAGAUCAGCAGAUCUGUGACCUACGAUAUGAAAAAAUGAUUGAUUUGAAAACUGUGGAUUUGAAGAAACUAAAGGUGCGGGAUUUGAAAAAGAUCCUUUCAGAUUGGGAUGAGCGCUGUGAAGGAUGCAUAGAGAAGGCUGAUUUCAUAAAAAGGAUAGAAGAAUUAAAACCCAAGUAUUCUAGAGAAGAACUAUAACAAAUUUUAGCUCCUUAAUAUUAGUUGGGAGCUUUCUUUUGCAAUGCAAUUGUGCUUAGAUGUACUUCACGUUACAUUUGUUUGUACAGUGCUCAUUCUAAUUUAUUCAUGUUUUGUCCAUUAAAAUCUUGUGUCUUUUAUUAUGCUGAAUUAUGAUUUUUUAAAAUGAAAUAAGUUUAUAUUGCUUUAAAUAUUUAAAGCAUUUUUAGUUCCGGAUUUAAAAAAUACUUUAUUUUAUUAUCAUAUAUUAAAUUUAAUAUACUGGGAAAAAUAUAUUUUUCCAUAAAGUAGGGCAUUUUAUUUAUCGUACAGUGGCUCCUUAGUAAUAUUUCUGGUGAUGGGUUACAGGACUGACGGUUUUUGUAAAAAAUGCAUAUUAAUAGCAAAAACUAAAUUCAUUGGAGAACAUUAUUAUAUAUAUUAAAUAUUACAAAAUGUGAAUGCUAUCUUAUUGUUUAUAUUGUAUCAGGAUCGCUGAUAUUGACUUGCAGUUUUUUUCCUUUUCACUCGUUUUUUCUGAAAUGUUAUUGCCUGAUUACUGGAUUGGCAUACUGCUAGACCAUAGGGAGGCCACUACAUAUGAUCUUUUAUUUCUUACUGAAAAGCAUAUCUGUAUCCUCACAUUAGUUGAAGUAACCCGUGUGUUGUAUAAAAAGUAGUUACCUAACUUGUUCAUGUAGUAGAUAAUAUACAUGUACUUUUUAAACUUGCAUGAUAAAUGCAUAUGGGCUUAUUUAUGUCAACCUGAAAAAAGUUUGGAAUACGUUUUGAAUUUUUGGAAGUAGGAAUGUUUUGAGAUUGUCUUUGUAUAUUAGUUUCCAAAGAUUUUCUAUUUUGAAUCUAAAAUAGAGUUGGAGUUAUAAGUUCUGGUAUUGCAACAUUUUAUGUUAAAAGAAUACAUUUUUCAAUAUUUAUAUUGGUCAUUUUAUUAGUACUGCAUAAAAUAAAUUUCUUUCAAAGAAGUGAAUUGGAAAUUCCAAAUCUUUCUAGCCAUGUUUCUUAAUUUUUUUUUAAGCCAGGACUUAAAAGGAAUGCAAAUCUAGCUUUAUAUCUUUGUACUACAUAUAAGUUAAAAUGUGUCCAGCUAUUAACUGCCAUUUCUUGUAAACUGAAUUAUUAAACAUAACUUCGUAUAUAAACUAAUCUGCAUUUUUUUCUGUUUUCAUGUAUCAGUUCUAGUCAUUCAGUUGAACUUUUGCAGAAACUUGCCCAUAAUAUAUAUCUCUCCAAUAUUAGUAAUUUGAGUUGUAUAGGAAAGGUGACAAUUUCCAGCAAUUGCUUCAAUUAUUGUAGCAUUGACUAAACCAAUAUUUUGUAUGUUGGCCUUUCUUAAUACUACAUAGUGUUCUCCUUCAACUCAUAAAACCUAAUUUGUAAUAGUAUGCAUCUUUAUUUACAUUUAAUCUUUCAGAGUAAAUGUAUAACAAUUUCCUAAUGAGACUACAGUAUUCAAUUAAUAAUGUUUGCAAUGCUAAGUUAUUUUUUGAAUGGGUUUUUAUUCAAGUUAGCAUAUUUUGUGCGUUUCAAGCCUGGAUUCUGAAUUACUACAUGAAAAUGAAAUAAGUGCCAGCUUUUAAACUGUUGAUUUUUUAAAAAUUUGUAACGAUUCCCUACUGACUAAAAAUAACUUGUAAUGUGCACUUUUAAGAUGUAUGUUUAUUUUCAACUCUUGAAUGGAUGUAGCUUGUACAAAAAGAAAAUUGCAAAUUUAAUUAAUAAAAUUUCAUUUUUAAUUGUCGGA